CCACUGCCUUUCGUCGUAAGGGAGUAAAGAUGGCGCCCACGCAUGUAUUAAGAUGCUGCCAACGGGGAUUAGCUUGGAUUCCAGUUAUUUUUAUUGCCUUAGUGGUCUGUUGGUCGUAUUACGCGUAUGUUGUGGAACUGUGCAUAAUCACCAUCCCGAGCACAGGGGAAAAGAUUGUGUACCUGGUGCUCUUCCAUCUCUCAUUCAUCAUGUUUGUUUGGUCGUAUUGGAAGACCAUUUUCACUAGACCAGCAAACCCCUCCAAAGAGUUCUGUUUGCCAAAAGUGGAGAAGGAGCAGUAUGAGAAGGAGGAACGUCCAGAGAACCAGCAGGAGAUCCUGAAGAGAGUGGCCAGCAGUCUGCCUCUCUACACCCGCACUGGGGCAGGAGCCAUCCGCUACUGCGACCGUUGUCAGGUGAUCAAACCUGACCGAUGUCAUCACUGUUCCGCCUGUGACAUGUGUGUGCUGAAGAUGGACCACCACUGUCCUUGGGUAAACAAUUGCGUGGGCUUCUCCAACUACAAGUACUUCAUCCUGUUCCUGGCGUAUUCACUGCUCUACUGUCUGUUCAUCGCGGCCACAGUCCUCCAGUACUUCAUUAAGUUUUGGACACUGUGCCGGAGGAAAUCGGCCGAGAAUUGUCCACAGAAUGAGCUGCCAGAUACUCACGCCAAAUUCCAUGUUUUAUUUUUAUUUUUUGUGGCGGCCAUGUUCUGUAUCAGCAUCUUGUCCCUCUUCAGUUACCACCUGUGGCUAGUGGGAAAGAACCGAUCCACCAUAGAGGCGUUUAGGGCCCCUGUCUUCAGAAACGGCCCCGACAAGAACGGCUUCUCGCUGGGCUUCACCAAGAACAUCGCCCAGGUGUUUGGUGACCAGAAGAAAUACUGGCUGCUGCCUGUCUUCACAAGUCAGGGAGAUGGGCUCACGUUCCCAACCCGUCUGGUGAAUGUUGACCCCGAGCAGCCCACUGCAAUUCAACACCCAGAUAGCAGUAAAAGUGUUGAAGACGACUCGGUGCCCCAGAGUCCAGUCAGCGACUCCCAGAACCGCCUGCUUGGCAGCGACCAGCACAUCAGCGAUGAGAUCUUGAGCAUCGACCCCCUUAAGUCAGAUGGAACUGAGGUCAUCACGGUGUACAUGGAGAGUGAAUCAUAGCCAGGGUGAGUGAAGUUUGACAGGGGAGACUGCGAUGUCUCUCCGUGCUCUUCCGCCACCCAGGUUUGGGGACUCCUGAGGGAAAGAACAGCCAUCCAAUCAGAUGCCUUAAACAGACUCCAUCUGAUUACUUUAUCCGUGUUGGACAACCCGUCCGCACGCAUUGAGUUUGGCGCAUGGCCACUGUCUUCUUGGCUAUCGCGUUACUGAUCCCAUUGCUCCUGUCUCUAGUCUUGGUUUGUUUGUUUAUUCGUUUGUUUGUUUCUUUAUUUGUUUGUUUGUUUAUUUGUUUGUUUAUUCAUUCAUUUGUUUAUUCAUUUGUUUGUUUGUUUGUUUGUUUGUUUGUUGUCGUUCUCCCUUUUUGACACAUCUUAGUUUGGUUAUGUACAGUCACGCUUGCUAUUGACGUCCUAUAACAUUAAUCACAACAUCGGAACCCUGUGUUCAGCUACCCAAAGUAACGGCUCCAGCAUAUUCAGAUCAGGAAGGGGUUCUGCGCAGUACGAGCUCAUACAAACAGUACCCAACAGAUCAGACUCAGAAUCAGAUCCUUAUGCAGUUCUGAGUCUUUAGUGUUGGAAUGUCUGUUGGUUAAGGCAUUGCCAGAUGAAGGCCAUUAUGCGACCCAUGUGGCUGUGUGAAGCAAUCCCACAAUGCAUUGUUCGCAGUUUUAAAGUACUGUGCUUGUUAAUGAUAUGUGUAGGUUGUGGCAAAGCUUCUGUCAAAAAAUGUGAGUUAGAACUUUCCCAACUUGCCAACCUUUUUCUAGAGAAAACAUCUUGUAGAUAUUAGCAUAAGAACAUCCCCAUUUGGUUUACAUCUAUUUCAGUCUCUCUGUCGCCACCUGCUAGUAGUUAAGUAUUAUUUUUUUUUCUUCCUUUAUUGUAAUGCUGCUCCCUGGUCUUGCCAAAUGGCAUUUGACUCAUAAAACCAUCUGCAGUGGAUGAGGCUGGAGACCCAGAACUAAGCUGUUCCUUCACUUUUGGUCAUAGCAGUACUCGACAUGUCGAGAGACUUGUCGGGAGAAUUGUGUGCCUUAUUUCACUUGUUUGAUUUUACUUGAACGUCAUGGCAGCCAUGUUGAUCUGAUGCAUAGGACGCAGACUAUGAGUCAGUGGGCAUGUCUAACCUAUGGGCCCCGACAGGUUCAGAACAGCUCCAUAAUAGAAGCUUUCACAUCCAUGCUAGACUGAGAAACAUUUGUAAUGUUGAGGGAUAUCAAGCACAGCCCUGGUCUUGUAAAUUGUGUAUGUGGAAAGCUUGUUAACAGAUGCACUAUGAUUGGAAAAGGCCUUUAUCCAAAUGCUGCUUUAGGAAGGAGGGAGAACAGGCUCCUUACACAAACAACGAAGGAGCCCGAGGUUUGAGCAGGCUGGUGUUUUCUGUCUGUUUUUUGUUUUGUUUGUUUGUUGUUUACUUCACUGUUUCUAUACUGAUGUUUACACUACAUGUGUCAGGUUCAAAAAGGGGAGACUUUGACAAAAAAAGGACAGACCUUUAUAUCAGAUUAGAUAGCCAUCGCCGGCCUUCAGAAAUGACCUGGAGAUAUCAAAGGGAUCUCUCUCUCUCUCUCUCUCUCUCUCUCUCUCUCUCCCCGCGCCAAAGCCUUACAGACAGAAACAUGAAAGGGACAAGUGUUUUAGAAACAUGAUUGGGACGCAUGUUUCAGUUACAGAUUAGUGCAGGAAGGAGCACACGAAGGGGCAUUUGCACUUUUGAAGACUCUUCUUUUUAGGAGAUGUACAUACAGUCGUUGUUGGUUUUGUUUUUACUUAAUGUGCGCACACAAAAUCGUGUUCUCCAAAGUAUCAUACUCUAAGAUUGCCCACUGGGGUUGGCAUUUGGCACUUGGGGUGAUUUGAUUUACAGUAGAACAAUGUAACAUUAAAAUUGCUAGGCCAAAUUCUGCCUCUCUGAAGAAUGGGAAGGGGAGAGUUGCUUUAUAAGCUGGGCGAUGGUGCGAAGCAAGUCAGCCAGGAGAUGUGUGUACAAAUUCACAUGUUUCUUCUCCUGCUUGGUUUCCUCAUCAAAGAUCUCUCUCAAUGACAUUAACAGGAUGUGUAAUAUGUCGGUGUGAGCGAUUCUCUGCAAGCCUCAGCCAAUGUGCACCAAGCUGUUUCCAUGGAAGAUCUUCUCUGAAAUGGAGGUGGAGGUCGAGUUCAUGAUUAUGUAGUUAGACAUCGCUCACAUUUUUUGCCAAACAAAUCACUGGGCAACCCGAGUGCUGACCACCUGUGGAUUGUUUACAGUUUUGUGUCCAUUUAUACCUCUUUGUUUCCAUAGCAUGGCCAGUGCCAUCAAGCUAACCAAAUGAAACAACUUGUGUUUGUCCUGGUGACUUCAAUGAUUCAACUUGCCCUUUUCCCAAGGGACUACUGCAGUACCAAUGCUGGCCAGCUGAUGGCAGUACUCAUCCAGCAUGCAGUGCAAUAUCUGGGACUUUAAUUGCCUCCGAUGUUUGCCUAUUUUAUUUUUUACGAUUUCUUUUUUUUUAAAGAAAUGUUUUCUUGAUCCUGAUGUUCCAUGUGAAAUCCAAAGUUCACUUGUGUGGCUGCUGUUUUGUUCUGGUGACUAAUGUGUCUGUAGUUCAGCUCCUGUACUUUACUCUGUGAGUGAUGAGUACGUCUACAUAGCUGCUGUCUGAGUGUGUUGAGUAUAGUGGCUGUUGUUGAAUGUAUUUGAGGUUUGGUGGUGGUGGUGGUGGUCGUCGUUUUGGCGGUAUGAGGAAACAUCAGAGUGUGUGUCAUUCUGCUCCUCUGCCGCCUUUGCCAUGUGGUGAUAUUUUCUUGCGUUGUCUUGUGCUCCGACAUGCACAUAAAGGCCAGUCCAGGAUGUUACCGUAGUGACCAUUGGACUCUUCCAGACCUGGUACCUAAUGUAGCUCUGGCGAUACCUGGAUGCUCCACCUGUCCCUGACGUAGUGCCCCAAAACCUCUUAAGAGCUGCUGUCAUUGUUAGAUGACCAAAAAAACAUAAGUGACAGAGAUUUUUCCAUCAAUCCAUGAUCCUUGCUGUGUUUACACAAACUGGAGAUGUUCCCCUGAUUUCCCAUUCAGCAGCAGAAAAUGUCAACAUGAACAGUUCCAUAUGGUGUAUGACAUCAGGAACAUAUCAAUUGCAGAUGCACCUGGCUUACGAGCAUGCAGAAAUACAAACGAUUUUUUGUUUUCAACCAUUUCAUAUUGUAUUUGUUUUUGUUUUUAAUGAAAACAUUUUAUAUUUGUCUUUGUUAAGUAUCAUUACUAUUAAAACGAUAUAUUUGAAGCCAUAAUCACUUAUAGGAAGGAAUACCUUGGACCAUUUCAAGUCCAAGUUUGGUGGUUAACAGAAAGACCUGUUUUACUGCAUGAGAAGUACAAAGAUAUUUGUACUCUCAUUAUGUGUGCCAGCUUGUGUUCCUUUGUUUUGAUAUCAUGUUUUAAAAAAUAAAUACAUAUGAGAAAGAGAUAGCGUAGAAACAAACUUGCAUUUUUCUCACCUGAUAAUCUUUAUCGUUGAAUAUUUUGUGAAUGAAGUACUUGCAUAUAAAUAUAUUGCAAUUAUUUGAAGAAACAAUAAAUGUUCUUUUUGUAAACCUCCAGGAUGA